AUGCCGAUUCCUCCCGAGCCUCACCGGGUGGUUACGAAUCUCUCCGAACGGCGCCGAGUCGUACUGAGACUCCCCGACACUUUCUCCGAGCCGUGCCGAGUCUCGCCGACUCUCUCCCGAGUCUCCCCGACUCUCGCCCCCAAUCCCCCGAGCGGCCCCGAGAAGGUCCGAGCAGUUGCCCCCGGGCCGGACAGGCUCCGCUCCAUUAUGGAGACCCACACUCUGGAGACGGAAGGGGAGAUCCUCCACAAAUCGCCGAUGAUCCACGGGAAGGAGCAGCUCCGGCACGGGCACAAACCCCCGAUCCUGCUGCCGGUGUCCACAAGCAAUCAUUCUCCGGAGACAUCACUAUCUCCUAUUGACACCUUGAAUUCUCUGUCCAAUUUUGAAGCUGAAAUGGACCAUGAUGGACAGGGGACUUAUUCUCUUUUCCCGGCACUGGAUAAUGUGACGAUUUUAUCUGGAACCAGUGAAGCACUGGAAAGUGAACCAACAGCUGAUGUAAGUGACAAACCAAACAUGACGUGGUUGGAUGCUGCACAGAUUGUUCUAGAAGAGGCUGGGAGGCCACUGCACAUUAAAGAAAUCAAGCAGAGGAUACUGGACCGAGGACUGGUGCAGUCAAACUCCAAAUCCAGCUUGGAAGCAGUUCUGUACCGAGAGACUCAAAAAGGAAGCAGGCGUUUCAAGAGACUUGAGAACAGGAAUGGGGUCUUUGGUUUGUUGACGGAGAAGGAACGACAGCAGCUACUCCAGACAUACCCUGCACAGCCUUUUCUUGUACCAGUGACUCAUCCGCCUGAGUAUCCUAAUCCUCAGUUAAUGGACCAUCUCUCCAACUUCCCCUCCCCCUCCAUCUUCCAGGAAUCAAAACCCAAAUUGAAAAAAGUUUUGAAGAAGACUCUGAAUGAGAAGUAUAGAAUUAAGUACCUUCGGCUGCGGAAGACUAUAAAGACUCUGAUCUUUGAGAAUGCAGCCCUCUGCGAUGAAAUUGCUUAUGUAGAGCAGAAAUUCAUCAGGACUAAGGAAGAACGACGGUUCCUAUUAAAAAGGCUAUUGCAGCAUCAGAACAUAACUGAUGGGACUGACCUUGCAGGAACUAUCAGCACUGUGCUUACUCCUCCUAUGUACAAUGUCCCUGGAGGAUCCAAUCAAGUGCCAGGAGUCUCAAACCUUCCUACAACACCCAUUGCCAGUACGUCAGUUGGAGAGGAGGCGGUGGGGAAAAAGUCAAAGAAGGACAAAAAGGACAAAGGAAAAGAUAAUGGCAAAGAUGAUGAUUCGCAGCCUUUACUCCAUGGAUAUCAGUGCUUGAGCUCGUCUUGCUGCCAGGAACGUUAUUAUGAGGGCGAAGAGGAGGGCUGAUUGGAACAUUCUUAUUUCCUCCCCCGACUGAUGGCGAAUGCGAUGUUGCUACAGGAAAGGCUAUUUGAUGAAAUGCAAGCAGGGAGAGUAUCAAUAUUUUCAAGUGAACAUUAUUGGAGUGAUCUAGCACAUGGGAUUAUGAUGGCUACUGAUAUUUCUGCAAUGUGUAAAAGCAUUUGGCCAAUUUGUACUCACUCAGGGUGCCAGUCUCCAAUCCCAGGAACAUAUCUUGGCCAGUGUUAAACAUUUACAACUGAACUCAGUUAUUGGUCCCUACCUGUUGAAAUGUGACCAUAUCUUUCUUGAAAGCACCAGGAUAGAUACCUGUCUCUUUAACAUAUGGGAGAAUUGCAGCAGGAGGCAAGCAGCUGUCAGCCAUCCAGUCAAAACGUUUUGGGGAUGGCCUGGAGAUCUGGAGUGCUGAUUUGAUGACAGUAGGACAUUCAGUGCUGUUGAUUAUUCCUGGUAAAGAAAUUUGGCUGUUGGUGGACAUAGGUGGGAUUCCUGACGUCUCUAGGUUUUAGGAGUCCAAAAGUUUUUUGAGGAUCUUGCUGCCGUCAAGUUUUAGCUUACCCUCAGUAUUCCAUUAUGAAAAUAGGAAAUGUUGGAAAUACGCUGCAGCUCUGGCAGCAUCUGUGGAGGAGGAAACUGAGUCAGCGCUUCAGUUCCGUGCCUGUCCUCAGAAUCCGAAACAAUCAGAAAUUAAACUGAUUUUAAGCAAGUACAGAGGCAGGAAAAGGUCAAAGGUGUGGAAAGGAUAAAAGGGAAAGUUUGUUUUGGGAUGAAAGGGAGGAGAGAUUAAAUAACAAAACAGAUGGUGUAGGACAAAAAGAAAUAGUGAUGGGACAAAUAGAAAUGUUUAUAAGCAGAACUAACAUGAACAUUAUGCACCACAUCCAGACCCAGAGCAAUGAGAUUGACUGUUAACUACCCUUUGAAUUGUCCCUAACAAGUCACUCAAUUCAAAGGCAAUUAGGAAUGAGCAAUGAUUGCUGGCCUUGCAAGAAUUUUUAAAAAAGGGCAUUGUAAAGAAGUGAAGGUUGGUAUGGAGCAGAGAAUUAAAGUGACAGAUGACCAGAAGCUCAAUCUGUGCUUGCAGACUGUAUUCAGUCUCACCGCAGUAGCGGAAACCACCUAGUGAGCGCUGAAAUUAAAGAAUCGUUUUAUCUGAUUGGAGUAACAGUUGGAGGGGAGGAGAUGAAAGGGAAGAUGUUGCAUCUUCUGUGUUUUAUGUAAAAUCUGAAUGAGUAGGAGAAGGACUAGAUGAGGCCAUUGUAGAGGGAACAGUCUGUUUGAAAUGUUGAAAGUUGUAGGGAGCUGUGUUUGCUGGUGGGAUCAUGCUAGAGAGGAAGGAAAUAGUCAAGCUCAUGAAAUUGACUGCAGAGUUGGUAGGUAAGGACAGGGAACCCCAUCCUGGCUGUGGGACUAGUGGGAUGGAGAUUGAGAUGAGAAUUCUGUGAAAUGGGAUGGAAAUGGUCAGGGGGCCUGACUAACAUAAGUGGAAGCUGUUAUUGGUCAAGGGUAAAAAGGAAGAUUCCUUGGAAGCACUUGUGUAGAAGAUUACAUCAUCACAAUGAAUGAUGGUGACAAAGGAGAAGGAAUUGCAAAAAUAGAAAUGAGUCCUUAUAGGAGGUAAAAUUUGGAAAGUAUAAUGAAGUAUUUCUACUAGCAAUUGAUUGAGAGUGUUCUCUGAAAUGGAAGAUGAGGAGGGGAAAGUGAACAAAGUGUAUUGCAUUUAUUGUAGUUCCAGGAUGCCUCAGACGAAUGUUAUAAAAUAAAGUUUGCCACUGAGUCACAUAAGGAGAUAUUAAAUCAGGUGACCAAAAGCUUGGUCAAAGAUGUAGAUUUUAAGAAUUGUCUUAAAGGAGAAAAGUGAGGUGGCGAGGUGGAGAAGUGUCGUGAGGGAAUUGCAGUCUUCAAGUCCUUGGCAACUGAGGGCACAGUCACCAAUCAUUGGGAAUACACAAGAGGUCAGAAUUUGAGAAUCACAUAGCUCCCCAAGGGUUGACAGUCUGGAGGAGAUUGCACAGACAGGAAGGAGAAGUUCAUAGAGGAACCAUUGCAGAAAAUCUAACCAUGUGAAGACUAGGGGGAGGAGGAAGUUUGAAACAAUAUUGAUUAAAUACUACAAUUUAGACUGCGAAUGGGAAAGUGACACCAAGAAAAUGAUCAGGGCGGCACGGUGGCUCAGUGGUUCACUCUGCUGCUUCACAGCGCCAGGGACCUGGUUCAAUUCCUGUCUCAGGCAACUGUCUGUGUGGAGUUUGCGCAUUCUCCCCAUGUCUGCGUGGGUUUCCUCCAACAGUCCAAAGAUGUGCAGGUUAGGUGAAUUGGUCAUGCUAGAUUGCCCAUAGUGUUGGGUGCAUUAGUCAGAGGUAAAUGUAGGGGAGUGAGUCUGGGUGGGUUGCUUUUCAGAGGGUCGGUGUGGACUUGUUGGGCCGAAGGGCCUGCUUUCACACUGUAGGGCAUCUAAUCUAAUCUAAUCAGUGUACCAGAAAGAGAGAUGAGAUUGGGGACAUGAUUCACACUGAAUUCUGUUAUUUGCUUGUUGUCAGAAGGUAUUUACAAAUAAUAUUAUUGGCAGAGUUGGAACAGAGCUGCCCUAUUUGCCUUGUGUUACAAAGUGAACCUAUUCCCUAUCUCCUCCUCUUCCUUCAGUGCUCAUCAUUUUGGGGAGGUGCAGGUUAGAGGAAAAAGUUCAGGAGAGAAAAUUGGGAAUUAUUUUCACACACACAAGAUAGGAGAGAUUUGCAACUCUGCUCUGAAUAGAGACUAUAGAACAUAGAACAUUACAGCGCAGUACAGGCCCUUCGGCCCACGAUGUUGCGCCGCCCUGUCAUACUAAUCUGAAGCCCAUCCCACCUACACUAUUCCAUGUACGUCCAUAUGCCUGUCCAAUGCCGACUUAAAUGCACUUAAACUUGGCAAAUCUACUACUGUUGCAGGCAAAGCAUUCCAUACCCUUGUUACUCUCUGAGUAAAGAAACUACCUCUGACACCUGUCUUAUACCUAUCUCCCCUCACUCUAAAGUUGUCCCCUCGUGUUUGCCAUCUCCAUACUUGGAAAAAGGCUCUCACUGUCUAUCCUAUCUAACCCUCUGAUUAUCUUGUAUUAAUGGAAGAUCAACUGUUAAUUUUACAUCUGAGAUUAACUUUGUGAAGAAGUAUAGAGGUAGGGAGGGGUGUAUGCAGAAUUAGGUUAAGAAUGUGCUAUUCUCUCACUGAAUUACAGAACGGACUUAGGGGGCAAAAUGACCCCCUUUCCUUGCUAUAUUCCUGUACUGUCAACUAAGUGUGAACAAACAUUAAGAUUUUUUGCCAUGUUUUAGCUUGAUAUUUAAUUUAGACACAAUAUACAAUACGUUCUAAUCUAGAUUCUGACAUAACUCGAUAUAAUGUUGCUAGGACUCCUAUUAGUUUUGGUCUCUGAACAGAUAGCUGAAAUAUGGAAUACUUCUUACCUUGGGAGUGUUUGAAGGGGAUAGUGUACUCCUUCAAACCCCUUCUUUAUCUAAACUUCUGCUAUACUUGCCCUCAAAGUGUUUGAGAGACAGUUUAGAAGGAGCUCUACUCUGUACCUAACCCUGUACUGUAUCGCUGUGGAGUGGUUGAUAGGAUAUUGUAAAAAGAGCUUUACUCUACAUUUAACCCCAUGCUUGAGCUGCCUUAGGAGUGUUUGACGGGAGCAGAGUACAGGGAACUUCAUACUACCUAAUCCUGUGCUGUACCUGCCCUGGCAGUGUUAAAUGAGGUGUGUAACGGGUGCUUUACUCUGUUUCCAACUUGUGCUGUAUCUCCAUUGUGUUUGAUGGUGAUUCCUCAUGCCGGACAUGGCAAAGUGCUUAAUGAGUACAGGACUCCAGAGGAAAAAAAAAAGAAUAAAUUGUUCAGGAAUAUUUAUUAUUCAAUCCUGUCUAAAUGGAUUGUGUUUUAAAUACAUGGUUUAUUAAGCAUCUUCUAACUCAGGGGUGUCCUUUCACGGGUUAGCCAGCAUUGUCCUGCUUGGAUAUCUGAGGCUGCACUGAGCACUGGAAUAUAUGUUUGCAGCUGCUGACAGUCACAUUACUGUCAGUGCUUGAAACUUGCAACUUAUUUGGUUUUGUGUUAGUGGCGGCUCCUUUUGAAUUCAGCUAAGAGUUAUUCAAAUUUCUACAAGUGCUUUAGGUGGUGAGAAUGUGGUUAGGUCUGUGGGAUUCAAAUUUGGUCUUAAACUUUCACAAAGCUCAGGUUUUGAUGGGAAUUUUCUGUAUAUGGCAAAUAUCAAAGGAAGAAAUAACUAUAAACAAAAGUUUAAUUUAAAAAUUACAGUUUAUUAUGUAUAUUGUAUAACAUUUAUUAUUUCCUUUUUGAGGAAUUAGUAUGGUUUGACAUUUGUUCUCAUUAUAUGCAUUUUAUAUUGCUGUUAUUUAUUCAUGCAUUCACCAAUUGUAUAAUAAAUUCAAUUGGCAUU